AUGGCGGACGUCGAGUACCGCUGCUUCGUCGGCGGCCUCGCCUGGGCCACCGACGACCAGUCCCUCCAGAACGCCUUCUCCAAGUACGGCGACGUCAUCGACUCCAAGAUCAUCACUGACAGGGAGACGGGCCGUUCCCGCGGGUUCGGGUUCGUCACCUUCGCGUCGGACGAGGCGAUGCGCCAGGCGAUCGAGGCCAUGAACGGCCAGGACCUGGACGGCCGCAACAUCACCGUCAACGAGGCCCAGUCCCGCCGCUCCGGCGGAGGCGGCGGCGGCUUCAGCGGCGGAGGCGGUGGCGGCUACGGCGGCCAGCGCCGCGAGGGCGGCGGCGGCGGCUACGGCGGCGGCGGCGGUGGCUACGGAGGUGGCCGCAGCGGCGGCGGCGGUGGCUACGGCAGCCGUGAGGGCGGCGGCGGCUACGGCGGCGGCGGCGGCGGCUACGGCGGCAGCCGCGGCGGCUCCGGCGGCGGCAACUGGAGGGAGUGA